UGAGUUAACACGGCUUCGCUUGGGGAUUUCCGUAUAAAAAAAUUUAAUUUUCCAGUUUUUUUUUCGGAACAAACAGUUGAAAUUUUCUUUUAAUUUCAGGACAAGCGUUCUGUCGCUGUCGCCGAGUGUGGUUCGGUGGAAGGCGCGCACUUGAUUUAUUACAACAAUGCCACGAACACGCAGGGGGGCUAAUUUGAGUGGUCAAACAAACAGAUCUAGGGGCAUGCAAGAUAGAAGAGCAAUAAGAUCAGAUGCAGAAAGGCAACAAAGUAAUGCAGAUGUCCGUGUAAGAAUGGCGCAGUUACGAGAUGAGCGAAACCAACAAAGACAAUUGGAACGAAGAGAAGCGCGCAGAUUCGUAGCCAACAGACGUAGAGGGAUCGACCAACAUCAACAAGUACUUCGAGCAUUUACAUCACAUUCAUUUCUUCGACUAGCAUUUCAGUAUGAGCCUGAUGUUGAAUAUUACACUCAUUCCAAAGUGGUAAUUGGUACAUUGGACAAGGAAUGCCCGCACUGUCAAGCCCUUAAAUUUAAAAAUGAGCCAAUUGGGAUGUGUUGCUCAUCAGGAAAAGUGAAACUUCCAGAAAUUGAAACACCGCCGGAACCAUUGCACGGCCUCCUUAUUGGUACUGAUCCAAAUUCUUCGCUGUUCUUGCGUUCAAUUCGGCAAUUCAAUUCAUGUUUUCAAAUGACAUCGUUCGGAGCAACGGAAAUAGUAAAAAUAAAAAUUAAAAAUACUGCUGCAAAUGGUCAACAAUUUAAUUCCACAUUCAAAAUCAAAGGCCAAAUUUACCACAAAGUCGGCUCAUUACUACCAAUGCCAAACGAACCUUAUAAAUUUUUACAAAUUUACUUUAUGGGUGGCGAGGACUCCGAACGGGCACUCGCCAAUCGCGUGAAUACACGUUGCAACUAUAAUCACCUCAAUUCACCAUUUGCAACGCGCAUUGUCAGCGAGCUGGACGCUCUGUUAAAUGAGCACAACGAAUUGUUGAAAUUAUUCAAAUCACAUAUGCAUAAGCUACAAAGUGAUAAUCACGCUAUUUUCAUCAAUCCUGAUAGAACACCAGCUGGAGGGCAUAUACGUCGAUUCAACGCACCUGUUGUUGACGACGUGGCUGGAAUCAUGGUUGGCGACCAUACAGCUACGCGACAAAUCGUGAUUCGAAGAAGAAAUAAUUCUCUUCAGUCCAUUCCUGAUACCCAUCGUUUAUAUGAUGCUCUCCAAUAUCCACUCAUUUUUUGGAAGGGACAAGACGGAUAUUGCAUAAACCUUAAGCAACGAGAUCCGGUAACAGGAACCGAAACAAACAAGAAUAUUAGCUCAAAGGAUUUCUAUUCGUUUCGGUUGAUGAUUAGACGUGGUCAGGAUAAUAUCAUUCUACGAUGUCGUGAGCUUUGCCAACAAUUUAUGGUCGAUAUGUACGUCAAGAUAGAGAGUGAACGACUACGAUACUUGCGAUUUAACCAACAGAAGCUGCGUGCGGAAGAAUACAUUCACUUGCGAGAUGCUAUUGCCAGCAACGCUGAUACUGCCGAAAUCGGUAACUCUGUCAUCCUACCAUCAUCGUACAUAGGUAGUCCACGUCACAUGCAAGAAUACAUACAGGAUGCUAUGGAUAUAAUAUGGACGAACUUGCUUUUUUAUUACUUUUACAUGUAAUACAAAAUGGCAGGAAAUUACAUCGUUAUUACCUGGAC